AUGCGGCCUAACACAUCAAACCAAACCGCCGAGUCAAGGUCGUCCCAUAACCUACAUGAAGUCAAGACCGCGGCCGAUAACACGACGACGAGCGAGCUGGCCGAGAUUUGGCGCUUCUACGUCCAGGACGGUGCCGUCAUCCCCAACUCGGUUACGACGGCCAACGCGGCCGUAGCGGCGCUGACGGGCGGCUACCGCGGGGCGGUCAAGCAAGACUUCUGCGAGGCGCGCAACAACGCGUCCAACUCUGUGCGCCGGGGUGGUCUGCCAGCCAUGGGCCAGGCGCCGGCUCGAGGCAUGGUCCUCGUGCUCAGCCUGUGGAACUCGCUUGGCACCAUUGUGGUCUAG